AUGAGUUUACACUCACCUGCAGCACUGGUGUUGACUUCCCCCCCUUCAAAAUUUGUUGAAGUCAAAGUAGUAGUGCCUCAAAAAGCCACCGAUCAAUCAAAGAUCAUACUGACUUACUGCGGUCAUCGAACAAAGGCAUCAAAUCGAACGCAGAGAGCUGAUGGCAAAUGGCACGGAGCACUCCGGAGGGAAGGGAGCAUCGCUGUUUUCCCCCGAAGCUGCAGUUCAACAAUAUGUGACGUACUUUGUGCUCGCCACUACUUCAUAUGUGAUCUUAGCUAGCCUUCUUCGGUUUCGCCGGGUGAAAUGGAUGCACACAAGAUACAACUAUCCCACUCGAGAGUCCUUCGCUCGCAUGACUGAUGACGAUGCUUGGGCGAUCCAGAAAGCCAUGCUAGAGUUGGAAUUUCCGUUUUUCUACCUCAAGUCACUCCAGUUCGCCCUCUUUCGAACCUAUGGCAUACCGUCCAUCUCUAAACUCCUUGCAGCCACGGCGCAGUUCUCCAAGCCGGAGACAUCGCUGAAGCGCUACGCGGACACCGUUGUCUUGAUCCAGGAGUUCAUUGGCAAUUCCCCGUCGUCGCGACGUGCUCGGACUUCUAUUGCGCGCACCCGCUGGAUGCACAGUGGGUAUCGCGCCUCAGGCAAGAUCCUCGAGGAUGACAUGCUGUACACUCUCGCGCUGUUCGCUGUGCAGCCAAUCCGGUUCUUGGAGAGAUACGAAUGGCGGAGCGCGACCGACAUGGAAAAGUGUGCAAUUGGUACUUUCUGGAAGAGCGUUGGCGACAACCUGAGCAUUAGUUAUGAUGUCUUGCCAUCAGGAAAGAAGGGAUUCAAGGAUGGUCUUCACUGGUUGGAGGAGGCGAUGGCUUGGAGCGACGCGUAUGAAACCAGAUGCAUGAUACCCCAUAUCAAAAAUCGAGAAACGGCCGACCAGACCACAGAGGUGCUGUUAUACAUGGUUCCAGCAGCAUUCAAGCAUGUCGGGUUGAAAUUCGUGUCUUACAUGAUGGAUGAUCGUUUGCGAAAAGCUAUGCUGUACGACCCGCCCCCUGCAGCAUAUGCUCGGGUCUUCUCGGUUUUGUUGUCUGUGCGCCGGUUUGCCAUGCGUUACCUCGCUCUUCCCCGGCCUUAUGUACUGCGAUAUCGGACCUUCACCGAUGAAGACGAGCAUGGCCGCAUUUUCUCCACCGAGUGGGAUGCGGCACCCUACUACGCGAAACCGACGUUGCGGAACCGUUGGGGGCCAAUUGCCUGGUUGACCUGGGCGUUUGGCAGGCCUCUGCCAGGCGACGAAGGUCGUAAAUAUUACCCACAAGGGUACUACAUACCUGAUGUUGGUCCAGAGUACUUUGAAGGCCGGGGGCGAAAGGAUAUGGAGCAGAUCACGAAGGAGUUGGAGUCCUCCCGCAGGGGACAAUGUCCUUUUAUCUGACAGACUUAGGCUAGUGAGUCUGAUGAUAUCACGACAGCAUCAAUCGCAAACCUAAAUCUACCAUCAUCACGUCAAACUUUCUAGGGUAGCGCUGACGAGAUCAUUUGAGUUAGAUUGAC